AUGCGUCUGAUGGAGUCAACCAUCCCAGUGGCCACAAGAGACGGCGUCAAUAGCUGGGAUAACGUCAGUCACCUGGGGAAGGGUCGCCGGUCAGACGGAGCCCCCGCCCGGCCGGCUGGCGGCGCUGACAGUCCUCUGAGGAACAAGUUGCAGAGUUACUUUGCUGCCUGUGAGGAUGAGACGCCUGCCAUCCGGAACCACGACAAGGUCCUGCAGCGUCUGUGUGAGCACCUGGACCACGCCCUGCUCUACGGGCUGCAAGACCUGUCUUCCGGCUACUGGGUGCUCGUGGUGCAUUUCACCCGGAAGGAGGCCAUCAGGCAGAUCGAGGUGCUGCAGCAUGUGGCCACCAACCUGGGGCGCAGCCGGGCCUGGCUGUACCUGGCCCUCAAUGAGAACUCCCUGGAGAGCUACCUGCGACUGUUUCAGGAGAACCUGAGUCUGCUUCACAAGUACUAUGUCAAGAACGCCCUGGUCUGCAGCCAUGACCACCUGACCCUCUUCCUGACCUUGGUGUCUGGCCUGGAGUUCAUUCGCUUCGACCUGGACCUGGAUGCCCCUUACUUAGACCUGGCCCCCUACAUGCCCGACUACUACAAGCCUCAGUACCUGCUGGACUUUGAGGACCGCCUCCCCAGCUCAGUCCAGGGCUCGGACAGCCUGUCGCUCAACUCCUUCAACUCAGUCACCUCCACCAACCUGGAGUGGGAUGACAGUGCCAUUGCCCCCUCCAGCGAGGAUUAUGAUUUUGGAGAUGUGUUUCCAGCAGUGCCGUCUGUACCCAGCACAGACUGGGAAGAUGGAGACUUCACGGACACUGUCAGUGGCCCCCGCUCCACAGCCUCAGACCUGGCCAGCGGCAAGGCUCCCACCAAGAGCCCCACCCCGCGCCACAACCCCUUCAACGAGGGCCAGGCAGAGGCCGUGUCCUCCUCUGACACCACCCCCGUGCACGCCACCUCGCCGGAGAAGGGGGAGGCCCGAGCCCCGGACCUGCCGGACGCCUGCACAGAGCUUGAAGUCAUCAGGGUCACCAAGAAGAAGAAAGCUGGCAAGAAGAAGAAGGCCAGAUCGGACGAGGAAGCCAGUCCCCUUCACCCAUCCUCCACCCAACACUCCUGUGCCAAGCAGGUGGACGGAAACAGACUUGUCAGCAGCCCAGGCCAUGGGCAGGGCUCCCCAGACACCACCUCUGCGUCCCCCCAGGAGGAGGGAGAGGAGCCCAGCAGCACCGCGGAGAGCAGCGAGCGUUCUGAGCCCAGCCUGCUUAUCCCCGAAAUGAAGGACACUUCCAUGGAGCGCUUGGGGCAGCCCCUGAGUAAGGUCAUCGACCAGCUCAACGGGCAGCUGGACCCCAGCACGUGGUGCUCCCACGUCGAGCCCCCAGACCAGUCCUUUCGGACCGGCUCUCCCGGGGAUGCCCCGGAGAAGCCGCCAGUUAGCGACUUUAGUGAGGGGCUUCCAGCCCCAAUGGACUUCUACCGCUUUACCGUCGAGAGUCCAAGCACUGUUACAUCAGGUGGCAGCGACCAUGACCCUGCAGGGCCUGGCCAACCGCCGCAUGUUCCUGGUAGCCCUGCGGCUGCUGGCCAGGAAGAAGAGGGAGCAGCAGGAGGAGCGGGGGGCCAGGCACCUCGGCCCUUAGCAGACACCCUCGGGGAGGCCCAAGAGCCAGAGAGCCAGGAGGAGGAGGCCCCGUUGCCCCCGGCUGGUGAGGGGCCCAUGCCUGACCCAGAGCCUAGGACCCAGGAGGCUCUUUGUCCACUCAAGAGAGACCAGCCCAGUCCCUGUCUGAGCAGUGCCGAGGACUCUGGGGUGGACGAGGGGCAGGGGAGCCCUUCUGAGAUGACCCACUCAGCAGAAUUCAGCUCCCUCUCUGCGUCGGGUGUCCUCUCAGGGGCCACAGAGAAGCCGUACCUGGUGGAAGAGGCCGUCUCUUACAAUGAGCUCGACUACGUGUCGGUGGGUCUCGACCAGCAGACCGUCAGGCUCGUGUGCACCAACCGCAGGAAGCAGUUUCUGCUGGAUACGGCCGACUUGACGCUGGCCGAGUUCUUUCUGGCUUCUCUGAAGUCAGCCAUGGUGAAGGGCUGUCGGGAGCCCGCCUACCCCAGCGUCCUGACUGAUGCCACCAUGGAGAAGCUGGCUCUGGCCAAAUUUGUGGCCCAGGAAUCUAGGUGUGAGGCGGCCGCUGUCACCGUGUGCUUCUACGGGCUCGUGCACUGGGAGGACCCCCUGGACGAGCCCCUGGGCCCUGCCCCCUGCCGCUGCUCACCCCCCGAGGGCACCGCCACCAAAGAAGGCAUGCUGCACUACAGGGCGGGCACCUCCUACCUGGGCAAGGAGCACUGGAAGACCUGCUUUGUGGUGCUCAGGUGGGCCCCUGCUCUGGCCUCAGGGCCCCCCGGCCCAUGGCGGGGCCCCCAGCAGGGACCGCUGGAGGCGGGGCGCCUUCCUCCUCCCCAGGGGCCCCGAAGUAGGUAUUCCUGGCCUGGUAGGCUCCUCUGGGAAGCCCGCCCCCUCUGGGGCCUCGGGAAGACCCGGCUGGGAUGCAGAGGGGCCUGUGCUCCCCGCCACCCUUCUUCCCCCCACCCCCACCCGCCUUCCAUGGAAGACAGCCUUGGAGCGGGGAGUCCCAGCCCUGUCUCCUGGGCCCUUCAGGUCAUCCCCCAAGGGGUCACCCCCAGCCCCUGCAUCCCCUGCUGUCUGGUCAUCACUGAGGACCGCCUCUUCACGUGCCAUGAAGAUUGCCAGACCAGCUUCUUCCGCUCCCUGGGCACCGCCAAGCUGGCCGACAUCAGCGCGGUCUCCACGGAGUCCGGCAAGGAGUACUGUGUCUUGGAGUUCUCCCAGGACGGCCCGCAGCCCCUUCCUCCCUGGGUCAUCUACCUGAGCUGCACGUCUGAACUGGACCGAUUCCUGUCGGCGCUCAACUCUGGGUGGAAAACCAUCUACCAGGUGGACCUGCCCCGGAAGGCCAUCCCGGAGGCCUCCAGCAAGAAGUUCGAGGACGCCCUGAGCCUCAUCCACAGCGCCUGGCAGCGGAGCGACAGCCUGUGCCGCGGCAGAGCCUCCCGGGACCCCUGGUGCUGAGGCGGGGCCGGGAGGCAGCCGGAGGGGAGCAGCCGCCCCAGGGCAGAGCCUGGGAGGGGCGUAGGACGCGCCCCUGUGGGUCGGGAAGGGGC